UGGUGCAAGUUGAAACCUCUGCAGCUUAUUUCGAAAUCGCUUUGCUCUUUUCUUUUUGUGCGAGAAGACGGCAAGUUAGUCCAACCAACUCUAAUCGAUGGUCUCACCAACCUUAGGAAGGAUGAAUCUUUGCUAUAUUUCGGUGCUUGUCUUGGCUAUUUCUCGCUGUUAUGGAGACGUCUACUUGCACAAUCCCCGUGGAAGCAAUAAUCGGUUGAACGAGAGAUCGGCUCAGAGAAGAAAUGCUAACAGACUCUUUGAUUCUCAGAAUAAUAAUCGAGGUGGAUAUAAUGUUGGAGACAAGACAGAUAAAGCUGCGACAAGUGCUAAAGACCAAUAUAAUAUGAAAUUUUUCCAAAGUGGACCCAAGAGUGGACCCAAAAGUGGAGGGAAAUCAUUUCUCACAUUUGAGUGGACCAAUCAACAUGGCUCUGGGGGAAAUGACAUAAACCCUCACAAGAUGAACAGUAAUGUUGUUUUGCAAUACAUGUGUCAGCCAUUAGCAGACAAACCUGAUGAUAAUACUAAACGCAAUGGUAUAAAUACAAACACACCGAAGUUCACUGCUACAAAAAAGAAAGAUGCAGAGAAGCGUAAUGAGUAUGAAUCAAGGAAAAAUGGAGAUAAUGAUAAUAACAGAGGACUACAUGAGUCAUGGGAGUGGUAUGAUAAAUGCAGAAGAAGGGAACGCAAUGGAGGUUUGUUCACAGCUGAUCAAAAGCUAGCUGGUAAAGAGAGUAUCUACACCAGACAGAAUCCCACAGGCACACGACGAGGAUACGAGUGCCCAGAGGAGAGAGAUUAUUAUCCUUAUUGGCAUCCUACAGAAUGGAAAGACAUUGCAGUUUUAACAAGUGAUACAUCCCAGUGUGAAUAUUACAAAAAGCACAGCUUCAAUGUUGAACCCAAAGGAGAAUGUGUUGAGUAUUACCUAGCACCUGAUGAGAAGUUACGCAAAAAAUGGUCAAAACAUAACAAUGAAAAGGACUGCACUGAGAAUGGAGGGAAAUGGAUGAUGUUUACAAACUAUCUUGAGGACAUAACUUCUGUACAGUACAACAAUCAAGAUAAAUGUAAAAAUGCAGGACAUGUUUGGGGUAUCCCUCUUGGUUCUGAUAAGCCUCGGUGUUUAGUUAAACUUGAUGCACCUCACUGUGGUCAAGCUCCUUGGACAAGGGACAAUCAUCUUGGUAACACUCCAGAUGGGGUGACACCAAACUUUACUUGGACAAUUCCACGCUUUCCAUCUGGUUUAGCUCAAUUAUGCGUAUUUAGGAUAAGAUAUAACAUAUCAACAAGUGACUAUGAUGGCUGGAACACUAAUGCUACUUACAAUAAUAAGUUGAUUCAGCAGAAUCCUGCAGUUGACAUUGGUGCUACAUCACCUCUAAAACUUGCUUUAAAUACCGCACAGUAUGGAAGAACAUUUCAGGACAGGUCCCACAUCAUUCAACUUAGUCCACGAUUUACAGAAGCUGUGCCUCUCGACAAGAAUAUCUAUAAUUUGAAUAUUCGUGGGAAAAGAGGAAAUAUUGUACAGGUUUAUCCAGCUGUUGAGUAUGACUUUGUCCCAAACAAACUGAACAUUAAAAAAGAAACUGAUGUUGUGCACAUUCAAUGGACAGGCUCCAAUUCACAUAACAACAAUAGUCCAGCUGGUGAUGGCCAAGCUGGGGAUGCUGGUGAAGGCAAGAGUGGCUCUGACAGAAAUAACAUUGUAGAAACUGGCAAUUCCUUGGAUAACUACCCCCUCCCAUUUGAAAUGUCCAAAAUGUUUCAGGGGGCCACAGCUGUUUGGUCCAGCCUUGAAUUAAAAGACCCCAAACCAGAGGAUAUUGCUGUCAGCUUGGCAAGUGCAGGUUACUAUACCUGUCUGCGGAGUAAGACAUGUGCUGCUGAGUCUGUGGAAACCAAGAAUACCAAAAUGGAUGUUCUUUUGAAUAAUGCCCCAGCAUCAUUUGGAGGCAUUAUGUUGAAAUUCAGUAACAAAGGAUGUUUCUACUACAUGUGCUCACGCAAUAAUAACUUUUCAAAUCGAAGUCAAAAAGGAGUGUUGUGCAUCAGUUGAAUGAAUUCUGAGAGUGAAUUUUGCAUAGAGAAUUGUUUCUCUAUUGUUCAACCAAAAAUUGAUGACAAUUAUUAUGUUAUAAUUAUGUUCAACCAAUUGAUGUGAUAGCAUAAUUUCUACUUAAAACUUUUCUUAGAGUUACUGGCUUAAACCGAGAGAAACAACGGUCUUUUUCAGCAAAUUUGAGCCCCUGACCUCCCCCCUCAACCACCCAGCUCCUCCAGCCUCUCCCCACCCAUUCCCUACCCCUUAAGAUGCUCUUUAAAAAACGUCAGAAUUCUGACCACUCUUUCAGAAUUUCCAAAAUGUUCUCAUCUUUGAAAUUGCUGUGCUUUUUUGUCAUUCAAGCAACAUCCUUCUUUCAGUACGGAUCUUGAAAUAGUCAGCAAUAUCUUUUGAAGAUAGAUAAUCAUUUGAGUACAAAGUUUGCGUCAGGGGUCAAAUUUUUUUCUACAUUUCUUACUUCAAUAUGUCAAGCUCCGAUUUUUUUUUCAUUUUUUACAUCUCAUUGUAUGAAGUAAUUGUAAAUAAUAUUUAAAAGAAUAACUUUUAUGAGAUUUUGAUGAUAAAAGUGCUGGUCACUUCCUUUUUUGGGCAAAUGACAUGCAUACAUGAGUCUUGUUGUUUUUGCAAUGGAAUUUUUUAAAAAACUAGAAUGUUAAUAAUGAGUCAAAAUAGUAAUAUAAUAGAGAUCCUUUCAAACUGGCUUGUUAGAUCAUUUGAUCAAGUAUUAAAUGACAGUUGUGUUAAUUA